AACUCGGGUCAUCUUUCUCCCGAACCGGGGUUUUGCUGGAACCCAUUUGAUAUCGAGUGACUUCACCCAAUCAAUUCCCUCGCUUUUCAUGCUGUUGGAAAUCUCAUUUCGCAGCGUACCCGUCGCGGAAACCCUAACGUAUGCGUACUAUUGGUAAGUUCAACAACUGGUUGUGUCGAAUGCUUAUUAUUUAUAUUCAUUUGUGCGUAAUAAUUUAAGGUGUAGUCGAUAUGUCGAUACAAUAAGUUCAAGAUUUUGUAUUGAAUGGAUGAAGUGAUUAUAUGAAUGAUUUAGGGAGUAGGGCUUUUGUUAGUGGGUUCAAGAAAUUGGAUUUCAUUUUUUCUUAUUUUCAAUAUGUUGGAAACGAAGUGAUAUGAGGUUUUUAACAUGAGCGAUGGAGAAGGUGGAGGGAGUUCAAGAGGAAAUGGAUCUGGUUUGAAGAAGAGGAGGAAGAAUGAGGAAUUUGCACGGUCACUUGCAAGGGUUGCAGUGGCCCAAAUAUGUGAAGGUGUAGGUCUACAGGGGUUUCAGCAGUCUGCAAUUGAAACAUUAUCUGAUAUAACCUGCAAAUAUAUUCAAGACAUAGGCAGGACGUCCAAUUUCUGUGCAAAUUUAGCAGGUAGGACAGAGAGUAAUGUGUUUGAUAUAGUUCGUGGGUUGGAAGAUUUGGGUCUGUCACAGGGGUUUGUUGGUGCUUCUGAUAUAGGUCAUUGCUUGUCAGGGUCCGGUAUUAUUAAAGAUAUUUCGCAGUAUGUUGGUGCGUCUGAAGAAGUGGGGUUCGCCUAUUCAGUUCCUCCUUUCCCAGUAAUUAGAGAACGACAAUCAAUACCGAGUUUCUUUCAUGCUGGAGAGACCCCCCCAGUGGAUAAUAUCCCCCCUUGGUUACCUUGUUUCCCUGAUCCCACGACAUAUGCUAUCCCAGCUACAGUCGAUAUAGAACAAACUGAAAGAAGGCAGGAUGGAGUGGACCAAGAUCACAUGGUUAUCGGGCCAUUAUUAUUGAAAUCAGAACAAUGUUUGGCUUGCAAUGGGUCUCAAGUGGCUGUUGUUGUUGAAGUUGGACGUAAUGGUGUAAGGGAGCAAGUGAAUAAUCCUUUUCUUGCAUCUCCUCUACAAUCUGGGGAGAAGGAGGUUUCUUUGGUUUCUCUUCCUGCUAGACUUGUGGAAGAAGAGGUCGCCCAAAAUCAUAGCUUAUGGGCAAAUCAUGCUUCUGCACUAGGGACGUUUGCUCCAGGAAUUCAGGGGCUUAAGAGCAAUGGUCUUGAUAUUGAGGAAGGUAGCAAAAAGGUUGUGUUAGAAAGAAGACAUGCAGUGCAAUUGAAGUUUCACGUGGGCAAAAAAUCCUUAACCGCUGCAAAUAGACAAGGCAGAAUUGGAAAUGCAGAAGCCAUGUCUUGGUUUGCAAAUGAUGACUUGAGGGAUGAUAAAAGAAAGGAGAAAAAAGAAAAUAGUGAAGGUGUCAAUGGAAAAUGGGAAGCAUAUGAAAUCGACAGAGUUGUAAAUCAGGAAGUUUAAAAUAGUGGUUGUAUUCUAGUUUGGAAUUGUAGCAACACAUGCUAGUUCCAGAGUAGUCCAAUGUUGGGGGCAUAUGUCUAUUACAAGGGACUCGUUCCCACUAACAUGUUAUUAGAGGUAUGUUUGUAGUUCCAGUAAUGAGCUUUAGACAAUAAUGAUUCUUUUAAAUUAAGAUUCUUUUACUUUCCCUGCCUUGUUUUAUUUCUUUU